CUCUAGUGUGCAUCAUAUUGUCCUUCUUAUUACCAGGAGCUGAGUGAUGAUUUGUAUCAGAAGAUAGCAGCAGAAAUGAACCUGUCAGAAACAGCUUUCAUCACCUUGAUCAACCCCACUGAUACCUUCACUUCCGGAACAAGAUUUCGCCUCAGAUGGUUCACACCAACCAUGGAAGUAAAUCUGUGCGGUCACGCCACGCUGGCCUCUGCAGCGGUGCUGUUCCAGUAUAAAAAUAAUGUUAAUCCAACGGUGGUGUUUGAGACGAGGAGUGGAGAUUUGGGCGUGAGCAAGAGAAAAGAAGGAUACAUCAUGGACUUUCCUCUAAAUCCACCGACAAAGAAGGAUCACAAUGACUUUAAAGAUGUUAUAAAGGCGGCAGUAGGAAACCACCCGGUUCAGGAGGUUCUUUUGAGCUGCGACACAAAGAAGCUGAUGAUCCGAUUGUCGGACAGCUGUGAAAGGUCAGCGCUAACCAGUCUGAAAGUUGACCCUGUUGCUCUUCUGAACAGCGACUCCAGCGGCAGAGUGAGAGGCGUCAUCGUUACAACGAAAGGGUCUCCAGACUGUCAGCCCGGAUUCGACUUCUACUCCCGGUACUUCGCUCCGUGGGCCGGCAUCCCAGAAGAUCCCGUCACCGGCUCUGCUCACACCGUUCUGGGAAGCUACUGGUCAGACGUACUUGGGAAAAAGAAAAUGCUUGCGUACCAGUGCUCGAGUCGUGGAGGGGAGCUGGACCUGGAGGUGAGAGACAAUGGGAGGAUCAACAUAGCUGGAGACGUCACCACUGUGCUGCAGGGAUUCAUCAGGCUGUAGCGACAAUGAGCAGGAAGUGAAAUGAGUUACGUUAAACAGAAACAGAUGAAUUAAUGCAGACUGGUCGGUUCUCAUUUCACCUUAUUUUAAUGUAGAUGUCAACAUGCUUUGUUAAUCUGUGUUAACGCAAGUAAAUCAGUCUAGAGGAUGAAUUGUUUUCCUUCCUAUUUGACACUUUCAUUAAACAUUGAAAGAACAGUC